GAUGGGGCUGAGGGAGGCUGCGCUGUUGGGGACCCUCCUCCUCCUGCUGCUGCUGGGACCCGACCGGCUGGAGGGGGCCCGUGGCGGGCCGCUGCAGAGACGGCGGGCGGUGGAGCCGGGCUGCGAGGAGCUGCGCGGGGUGGAGCCCAUCCUGGGCAACAACACCUACCAGUACGUCUUUGAUGACUUCAGCGGCACUGUGUCACUCUCCUGGGUUGGAGACAGCACUGGAGUUAUUCUCGUCCUGACCACAUUCAAGUUACCGCUGCUGUUCGUGAGUUUCAAGCAGUCCAAACUCUACAGGAGCGAGGACUAUGGAAAAACUUUCAUAGACAUCACAAAGCUCAUUAACCACACCUUCAUCCGGACAGAGCUUGGGAUGGCCAUCGGCCCAGAGAACUCGGGGAAGGUGAUUCUGACGGGGGACAUGCCUAUGCCUGGAGGGAGCCAUGGAGGAAAGAUCUUCAGAUCGUCUGAUUAUGCUAAGAACUUUGCUCAGACAGAUCUCCCCUUUCAGCCCCAGAAUCAGGUCAUGUACCACCCGCAGAACUCCGACAACCUGCUGGUCCUCAGCACUGAAAACAGCCUCUGGGUGUCCAGGAACUUUGGGGAGAAGUGGGAAGAAAUCCACAAAGCUGUUUGUCUGGCAAAAUGGGGCCCCAACACCACGAUCUUCUUCACCACCUACCUGAAUGACUCCUGCAAAACUGAUCUUGGGUUUUUGGAACUAAAGAAAACCAGUGACUUUGGCAAAAGCUUCAAGACCAUAGGAAACAAAAUCUACUCGUUUGGCCUAGGAGGUCGCUUCCUGUUUACUUCCGUGAUGACAGAGAAGGGCAAUACAAGGAGGAUCCAUGUCUCAACUGACCAAGGGGAGACCUGGAAUAUGGCCCAGCUUCCAUCUGUGGGUCAGGAGCAGUUCUUCUCCAUCCUGGCAGCUAACGAGGACAUGGUGUUCAUGCAUGUGGAUGACCCCGGAGAUACUGGGUGUGGCACAAUCUACACCUCAGAUGAUCGAGGCCUCAUAUACUCCAAGUCCCUCGAACGGCAUCUCUACACUGGCAUUGGGAGUGAAACUGACUUCACCAAUGUGACCUCGCUGCGGGGCGUCUAUAUCACCAGCGUGCUCUCUGAAGACCGUUCCAUCCAGUCGGUGAUCACGUUCGACCAAGGUGGUGAGUGGCUGCCACUGAGGAUGCCUGUCAACGCUAAGUGUAACUCCACAGCAAAGAACGAGGAGGUGUGUCUCCUUUACAUCUAUGCAUUGUACGGCAUCUCCCUGAAUCACAACGUGCCCAUGCUGCCUCUGUCCGAGCCCAAUGUGGUGGGAAUAGUCAUCGCUCACGGCAGCGUGGGGGAUGCCGGCCCCGUGGUGAGCCCAGACGUUUACAUAUCUGAUGAUGGGGGCUACACUUGGACAUGGGUGCUGGAAGGACCCCAUCACUACGCCAUUCUGGACUCCGGGGGCAUCAUCGUAGCCAUUGAGCACAGCCUCGAGCCGAUCAAUGUGAUUAAGUUCUCGACGGAUGAAGGUCAGUGCUGGCACAAGUACACUUUCUCCAAGGAGCCCAUUUACUUCACCGGGCUGGCGUCGGAGCCAGGAGCCAGAUCUAUGAACGUCAGCCUCUGGGGCUACAGAGACUCUGUCUUGCCCCGCAAGUGGGUCUCCUACACCAUUGACUUCAGUCAUCUUCUCAGCAGGAACUGUGAGGACGCCGACUAUACUGUCUGGCUGGCUCACUCCAGCGAGCCUGGCAGCCGCACUGAUGGCUGCGUUCUGGGCUAUAAGGAGCAGUACCUGCGUCUCCGCAAGUCAUCUGUCUGUCAGAACGGCCGAGAUUACGUGACGAUGAAGCAGCCAUCGGUCUGCCCAUGCACACUGGAGGACUACCUCUGUGAUUUUGGCUAUUUCCGCCCUGAAAACCAGUCUGUCUGCGUGGAGCAGCCGGAGCUGAAGGGCCACGACCUGGAGUUCUGUCUCUAUGGCAGGCAGGAGCUACUGACGACUAGUGGGUAUCGUAAGAUCCCGGGAGACAAAUGUAGCGGUGGGAAGAGUCCGAGCCGUGAGGUGACGGACCUGAAGAGGAAAUGUACAAGCAACCUGUUGACCCCCAGCCAGCUGUCUGCUGCCUCCAGCUCCGCUCCCAUAAUCCUGGCUGUCGCGAGCGUAAUGCUCCUCACCAUCAUAGCUGGAGUCCUGAUCAUUAAGAAAUACGUCUGUGGGGGCAGGUUCCUGGUCCAUCGCUAUUCUGUCCUGCAGCAGCACGCAGAGGCGAAUGGAGUGGAAGGGGCUGAAGCUCUGGAUGCAGCCAGCCCUGCUAAUAAAAGGGGCUACCAUGACGAUUCUGACGAGGACCUCCUGGAGUAGGGGCACGUUGCUGCUCUCUGGCACUGGACAAGUGGGUUUGGACGCUGCCACGGAUCUGCAGAACAGCAAACACCUCCUCCAGCCCACGCUUCUCCGCAGUGGCUGCCCGUCUCCUUUCCGAGGGACUCCACUUUCCUGUCGCUUCCCUUGAGACUGUCCAGAGCCAGCUGCGCUGCAGACCCAGGGAGGAGACAGGGAGCUGCUGCAGCGACCUGGCGGCCCAGAGGCCAAGGGGGAGGGCAGGGGCUUAAUUUAACUUUAUUUUAAUGAGAUUUCUUUCCAGCUGUUUGUUUUUUAAGGAAGACUAAAUAGGAAGGUGAAACCAGCAUUUCACUAAGCGCUAACCAUGACGAAGGUGCAAUUCAUCCUGCUGCAGAGAGAAGGCUCUUAACUCCAGAGUCACCCCUUGGGGGCUCAUCUCUGCCUCAGCAUGGCCUCAGCUGGGCGAAGCUGCUGGUGGCACUGGCCUAUCCCCACCACUUCACCUAGCAUGGGCAGGCCUCGGGCCCCCCGCCAGGACGGCAUGUCGCUUAGCCAGCACCCUGCAGGGCCACAAGCCAAAAAUGAGAAGUGAUUGGAUGAAAAGCGUGGCACGUCAAGUGGAGUUCAUCUCCGUGCCAGGAGUAACUGCUGUGACUGGCCCUUGUGGAAUCAAAGCACUGAACUGGGAAAGCACCAUGUCUGCAAACACCGGCAACAGCAGCAGGGGAGGGAAAGGGGUUAUUUUUAGUUCUAGGAAUAAGUGCAGCAGAAAGCUCGGUAGGAAUAAAUCUCCUGCUUGUUGGUGUGUUCUUCAGGGUGGUGGGAAGCGUGUUCCAGGUGGAGCUGUGCCCUGAAAUGCCAGUGCUCUGGCAAAGAGCCGCAUGGCUUCGUUUAAGGGGGCAGAAGCAGGGCCAGCACUUCCAUUUAGGCGACCUAGGCGGUCGCCUAGGGUGCCAGGAUUUGGGAGGGCAGCAAUGCGGGGGCAGGGGGUCCUUCCACGCGCCAUGUCUUCGGCGGCAGGGGGUCCUUCCGUGCUCCGGGACCCACCGCUGAAGUGCCCCGAGGACCGGGAGUGCGGAAGGACCCCCCCCCCCCCCGCUGCUGAAAUGCCGCCGACCAGGAGUGCCGAAGGACCCCCGCCUAGGGCGCCAAAAACCCUGGCGCCACUCCUGGGCAAAAGAGAGAGGCUCCUAGUUUUCUAUCAUCUGCCUGUUUCCCCACCUAAAGCGGUAGGAGACAAGCUGCUUGGUAGCUCCUAGAGCGGCUGUUGAUGUGGCCAGGCCUCGUGGUGGCUUGCAGGCACUCUGGCUAUUAUAAACAGGAUCCUCAGUGCCUCGCCCUACCCAGCGGUACCACCUUUGGGGGUGAUGUCACCUGGCAAACUGUAAGCUGCUGCUCUAGGCGCAUUUCCCCUCGGCUGAGUACACUGCAGUGUGUCCAUGUCCCUGUUUAAACGUCCAGUUGUCUUCUGCAAUAGAUGCUGCCUUGCUGAUUGUGGAUGGGGUGGCUAGGCCAAUGCCUGGCUGGCCUUUGCACUCGGAGGGUUGGGUGAUAAAAAGUGAAUGUACCGAACAGUCUGACGGAUAUAACUGGGGUUAGUUCUCCACAGCUGGGUCCCAGUGGGCUGCCAUUCGUCUGGUGCAUUAUUAGGCACCAGCGUAGGCCAAGAGCAAGGAACACAGUUCAGCCCCAGGCACGCGAGAGACAGGAGUCUCAAGAACUGGUAUUUUUCAAACUUGGCUUAUUUGAACUGAGCUGGCUUGACUGGAAUUGUCCAUCUCACAGUCCCAUUAGCAGCAUCCCCUCAACUUAACUCUUCUUUGACACUAAACCUAUUUAUUGCGACUCUUCACGUUGCUAAGUCCCAGCCUUGGCAGGACCUUAGGCAUUGCUCUGCUCAGCAUUGCAGCACCAACAGCUUAGGAGCAUAAUGUCAUUUUCAGGAGUGCUUGGGCCUGUCUACACUGCCUGGGUUAGUGGAACUCGAGCUGGCAGACAUAGGGCUUGAGCGUCUACAUUCGUCUGUAACCCCAGGUUCGGAAGUCUUGAACCCUGGGUCCCAGCCUGAGCUCCAACAUCUAUACUGCAGUAUGCAGGCCUGAGUCCAGCCACCCCCAUCCCAGGCUUCCUAGUUCCCUCCUUAAACAUGGCCACUGAAGCCCUGUGUUCGUGGUGCAGCAUGGGAAAACAUGACUGUCCAGGGCACAAAAGAAAUUUUGGCUCACAGGAUUGUGGGUGCUUUCUGCAGACUCCCAGAGCGCAAACCCAGUGGGGCUGCAUCUACACUGCAAAGCAAUAGGGCUUGAACCCUGGGUCCCAGCUUGACUCAGGCUCAUAUCCUCCACCCCAUGGGGUCCUGGGUCACUGGGUCCAAACCCUGCGUUAGGAUGAUUUAUGUGUAGACAAAAGGGGGUUAGGCUUGAGCCUGAGUUCGAACCCUGGACUUACACUGCAGUGUAGACAUACCUUUAGGCACCUGAGUCUCACUGAAAGUAGGAUUUAGGCUCCUAAAUCAGUUAAGUGUUGCAACAAGGAGCCCUUAAAUACCUUCACAAAAAUCUGGCUGUAGCUACCAAACUCUUGUUACACUGGGGCUUUCCUUUAAAAAUUUACAGGAAGAGCCAUGCGGUCCCUGUGGCCACUAGAAGGCGCAGUUUCCCCAGCUAUGGCUGGAAGGCUGCUCUCCGAAGCUGUGCUAUGUUUUGGAGUAGCCUAUUGCAAGGGAGUGAAUGUGAUCUGGCCAAGAUAGAGGCUGCUCGGUGGUGAAGGCAGAUCUGGGUGCAUUUUCCUGGGCAACACAUUGCCAAACUCUGCCCUCGUCCCACCAGUAUCCCCCAGGUAUUUACGCAGCAGGUCAUGUAGAAUAGGAAUGAAGUAGCUUAGCCUGUUUGCCUGGAGAGUGUCUGGCUCCUAGACUCGGUUUAACAAAAUUUCUUUUUAAAGAAUGAGCUUUUGAGAAGCUUUUGUUUAGCAUUUGACUAGCAGCCAAAUAGCCACAGCUGGCCAAAGCGCCAGGAGAAGCUCUGGGUCCACGUUCCUCACCGCCUGGGACAAGAGGCUGAAGAAUAAAUGAAAGGCGGCUGCUCUGUCUCUGGGAGUCUCCUGCAGACUGUCUCAAGCACCGCCCAGCACGGACAUCUGGGGCAGAAUCAGACGUCCACGGCUCUUAUUCCUAGAGCGGUCGCUGGAGCUCCAGGCACCAGCCUGCGAUGGGAAACAGCAGUAGAGCAUUUGGGAGAUGGGACGGUUAGAUGCAUGAAUGUAAAACUGGCUGUGAAUUCUCAUGCUCUUGAGACCAGCCUGUUCUGAAGGCGCAUUCUCGUUUACAGGCUGUCGAGGAAGCUAGUAAACACUGUGGUUCUCUUUUGCACACCCCCUGCCCUAUUUCCUGCCCCCAAACCCAUCAGCCUUGAUGUUUGCUAUGCAUGCGGUACAUGGGCCAUUGGGGUGGAGAGCACCUGCCCCCCAGAAAGCUUGCGCGCCAAUGGGGUAAACGCAGCCUUGGCGAGAGACAAAUGUCAUUUUUCUGGUUGGCAACGGUGCAUUUCCCCAUGGGCCAGUGCAACGGCAGCCUUCCUCUCCCUGAGCAAAGCACACUGAUAAUGCUGCCUCUCUGUCCCUGCUGAAUGGUUGUUGCCCAAGCACUACCCUGGGAAUGCUGCUGUCGCAUGGCAUUGAGCACCAAUGCUGCCCCAAUACCCUUGGCUUACCAGUAUGGCUGCAGGGCAGAUCAACACAGGGAUGCUGUGCCAGGUGCCCUGCCCGGGAUAUGUCACCACGUAACUAAAGCCAGAGCCCCUGCCCUGCCAUGUAGAGUGUCUCCGGGUUCCAGGCCAAGGGCAGGUCCAGGGGAUGGGCUGAGGGGUGUGGAGUGUUCUAUAAACAAACCUGGCUGGGCUAUAACUGUACUGGAGAGACAAGAGGGGGCAGGAGGUCUUUUACUGGACCAACGUCUGUUGGUGAGAGAAGUCAGGGCUGGGGAAUGACUUUGUACUGGGAUUUUUCUGUAUAUUUGCAAUAUUUGGGUUAGAAAUAAAAACCAAACGGACUUUGUGUUA